AAGAAUAUGUGUACCAAAUUUGGUUCCAAUCGGUUUAGCCAGAAAUGAAAGUACAGACCCAUGAGUAAAAAAUAGGAGAGAAUAUAACAGUGGUGGGAAAUAGCAUAGCAUCCAUCUUAUUACUUCCUUUGCACUGGUCAGUUAUGUCGACUUGACUUGUCAUAAAACACAAGGGACACGUUUCCCCCCACUCUAAUAGCUUCCUUUAUAUGAUUCCCGUCUCGUGCCCUUUCUCUUAUUUUUUACUUACUUUUUGGAAGAACUUUGCAGACCUCUUUAAAUCUGGUGUAUAUUUUAUACUAUUAAAUUAGGAGCUGAUAAAUGGGAAACUCCGCGAAAAAUUAGACAAUUGCAGUCGAAAGGGAAAGGUUACACGAAUUUCUCUGUAUAUAAUCUGACAAAAGGUAAAUUGAGGAAAGGAAUGGUUAUGAAACACCCUGUAUAAUGCACAUAACCUAAUAUAAGAAAAUUCAAAUAUGAUGAAUUUAAUAUUGACAAAAACACUUAAAUGUUGUAAACUAAAAUUAAACAAUAUACAAAAGUUGGAAUUAAAUAUUAGCGCUCCCUUAAACGCGUUUUGGGAACGCGACGAAAAGGGAGGUUAUGCAGAUAAUCGUAAGCUACCUCCGAGAACACAGAUGAUAAGGGACGGUUUCAAAGAACUAAAGCACGAAAUAGCUCUAUGGUCGCAGGAAAUGAAGGAAAAAUUUGAGUGCGAUCCAAUUUUGGAUUACAGAGCCGGUGAAACAGACAUCGUUUGGAAUUUUGAAUCGCCAAAUGCAUUACAACAAUGGGUAAUUACGAGCGACAGUGAUCAUAACGAGGGGCAUAGUAAAUGUGAUUUGGUAGUUAAUAAGUAUGGCAAGGGACUAUUUACGGGUUUCUUAAACACAGACGUGCCUGACGAUGGACGUAUUAAACGAGCUGGUUAUUGCAAUAUGAGAACUCUAAGAGCAAGGAAAUCCUUUAAAAGAGACAGUUACCUAGAGUGGGCUCCAUACAAUUUACUAGUAAUGAAAGUACGAGGCGACGGACGUUCAUAUAUGUUAAAUAUUACAACAAAGGGUCGAUUCGAUCUCACAUGGAACGAUACGUAUCACUAUGUACUGUACACUCGUGGCGGUCCUUACUGGCAGGUCUCCAAGAUACCGUUUUCAAAAUUUUUUUUCACAUCCAAAGGACGAAUACAAGAUAGACAGUAUGCAAUUCCGCUAAACAGAGUGACUCAUUUUGGUAUAUCAGUGGGUGAUAAAAUAAAGGGAGGUUUUUCUUUAGAAAUCGAUUAUAUUGGAUUAGAGUACAAUCCAAAUCACACAGAGGAAUUUGCGUAUGAAAUGUACCAAACUGAGAAGUUCAUUGUUGCAACUUAAUUAAAGUUAUAACUGAGUGUCCUAUUUA